AGUGUCGAUUGUCCGUCCGCAGCGUUUUGGCUUACAGAAGCAGGAGGCAAAGUAAAGCCGCGAAGGUUUUCUUGCAGAGUCAGGAAGGAAUCUUAUCACAAGUGAAAGAACAGUCCACGCCACUGUUUAGUCGCUCUUCCUCUCUCCUGCUUCCGGACGCACACCUUCCUUCCCGCACAAUGCAGACGUUAUUACUACCUGGGGACCGAGCUGCAGCAGUAGUUGGACUUGGAUCAGCAUUUUCUUCUCAUCGGACUCGUCUCCUCCACCGGACGCUCUCCCUGAAUCGCAACCCCGUCCUUCCCUUAUCUUUCCCCAAAUCUUCUUCCUCAUCUCUUCUGCCUUUCGUCGAGUCUUUUUCUAUCCUUUCCGGCAAGAGAAGGGCCAUUAUCACCCCUACGUCCGCCUCGGCUUCUCUUUCCCCCUCCUUUCCUUCCACCAUCGACGAGUCCGAAAAGGCGAAACUCGCUCAGGUUGCUAAACGACUAGAGAACACUUCGAGAUAUUUCAGGCGGUUGGGUGGUCUAGGGUUUUGGAGUCAGCUAGUUUGCACCUUGGUGGCCGCUGUUAUUCUCUCCUUCUCUGUAGUUAUUACCGGGAAGAUAUCAUCACCAAUUACAUUCUAUGCUACUGCUGGUGGCAUCGCUGCUGCAUUUGUUUCGGUCUUUUGGUCGUUUGGCUAUAUCCGUCUUUCCGACAGGCUUAAGAGAACUGCCACCGAGCCUGCAAAGGCUCCUCCUCGAGCUGAAGUAGUGAAGAGCUUGAGGAAUGGUAUGGUGUUAAACCUUCUGGGAAUGGGUGCUUCUAUUCUAGGCAUGCAAUCCAAGGUUGGGUUAUUGGUUGCAAAGGCUCUUACUUCCUCAGCAAAUCUGUACUACCAGGGUGGCUCUCCGGGUUACAGUCCUGUGCUAGCAUUGGAUGUGUUCUUGGUCCAGGCUUCAGCCAAUGCUAUUCUUUCCCAUUUCUUAGGGCUUGUUUUCUCAUUGGAGCUCCUGCGAUCAGUAACACUACCAUCUUCCGAAGGGGUUCCAAUUCUAAAAGUUGCUUGAACUUUUGGCUCAUAGUUUUCGUUCUUGUGAGGAACAUAUGUGCAAGUGCAACCAGAUUUUCUUCAUAAAAGGGAACAUUGUAAGUAUUUGCGGUACUAAUGAAAAUAUCUUGUAGUUUUCUUGUAAUUUAGGGUGUUUUUCUUUGUAUGCAUAGAAAGGAAUCCGAGGUCAGCACUGCCAGUGUAUUUAACUGUUAAGCUUAUCUUGCAUUGUGGAUCACUACUUGGUACCAAGCCUGGAUGGAGGGUUGUCCCCAGUUGGCACCUGAUAUAAAACCUUUGUCAAAGGAAAGUAAUCGUGCAGGAGCAUUCAUGUUGAGUACAGUAAGAGCCUCACGUAUUCUUCACUCGUUCUAAAAUUAGAAAGGCCAACAUUUUUUUAGUCAACUGAUUUUUAAUGAGGGUUCAAUUGUUCAAUUAUGAUAUAUGAUUGCCGGAAACAUGAUACCUGAAAAACUUAUAAGCAAACAAGUGAUAUCAUAAAAUUGGUAAUCAUAUGAUGUCGGUUGACUGAUUGUUGGGUUUUUA